AUUACAUCGAAGGCUAAGAAACCGCAGAUUCAUCCCUCAUAUCUUUAUCCCAAAAAUUUGCCCUUCCCUUUUCUUUCACCCUCUCGUCUCGUCGCGAUAAACAUAAAUUUAAAGGCUGUGCCACGUGGGACUCGACCUGAGACAUUUGGCUUUGGGCUAAUUCACUUUCAGUGAUGAUGACAAUGCUUGAUCUUGAUAGACACAAGUGAUGGCUACAUUACUAGUGGCACUACUGACUAUAUUAUCUUUGGUUGUGGUCGGAAUCGAAGCAGGCCAAAACGUAAUCAUCUCCCUAUUGGACUCCGCUAUUGCCAAAGGAGCUGUUUGUCUAGACGGCACCCCUCCGGCCUAUGCUUAUAGACCAGGGUUCGGAGACGGAGUCGACAACUGGCACAUAUUCCUAGAGGGUGGUGCAUGGUGUCAGAAUGUAGAUGAAUGUCUCACUAGAACCAAAAUACCAUCAGGAAGUAGUGCUAAGCUUAUAUCGACAAAGAAUGGUAGCGUACCCUUCUCAGGGAUGCUCGCUAACAAUUCCACCUUUAAUCCCGAUUUCUACAAUUGGCACGUGUUCAAAAUCUUCUAUUGUGACGGCUCAUCUUUCAUGUCCGAUGUUGAGGAUGUAGACCCGAAGCACAACCUGACUUAUAGAGGUGCGAGAAUAUAUGAUGCCAUGAUGGAUGAGCUCCUACGAAUCGGAAUGGGAAAUGCUAAAAAUGCUUUACUGUCAGGGAUUUCGGCAGGUGGAUUAGCCACAAUUUUACAUUGUGAUAAGUUUCAAUCGUUGUUUCACAAGACAACUAGAGUGAAGUGCUUAUCUGAUUCAGGCUUUUUUAUUCAUGGAGAGCAUUUUAUAGGAGGUGAUUUGAGAGAAUCUUUCUUUUCUGGAGUGGUAUCAACACAUGGUUUGACGAAUACGUUGCCCACAUCAUGCACAUUCAAAUUUAGCCCAACUCUGUGUUUAUUUCCUGAAAAUUUGGUCCCAGAUGUCCAAACUCCACUAUUUUUAAUUGAAUCAUCAUUUGACUCAUAUCAGAUAUCACAAACUUUGUUCAAAGAUAAAAGUCCGAGCUGGAUCAGUUGCAACCAAAACUUGAUGACUUGCAAUUUGACUGAGAUAGAAAUCAUGAAAGAUUUUAGGUUCACAAUCAUAAAUACGCUGAAAAGUACAAUUGCGAGUAGCUCCUCAAAGAGAGGCUAUUUUGUACAUAGUUGCUACCUACAUGGCCAUAUGGAAUACAAAGGCGGUUCGACAUGCUCAUCUUUUAUUGGAAAUGGACUUGCUAAUAAAACAAUAGCACUAGCCGUGGGAGAUUGGUAUUUCGACCGGAGCGAGUUCCAGGAGAUGGAUAUGCUCAACAACUUGCCACGGAACUGCACUAGCACCGACGACUAUCCUACUUUUGAGAAAAAGUGUAGCGAUUAUUAUAUUCAGCAUCAUCAGAAACCAUAAAUUGAUAGCAUGUGAAUUUGAAUUUCUAUUUUCAAUUAUGA